AUGUUGAAUUCUCUCCUUCAUGGCCAUGCGCCUCUGCAGCUCCUUCUCUUCUCGACGCUUUCUCCAUUGGUAUUGGCCAGAGUGCCCAUUACCCCACUUUCAUAUUCAACGUUCGACAGCAGCUUCAAUCUCUACCCUCUCUCCGGGAAUGGUGGGUGCAACAGGCCCACUCCCAAUGGGCGACCAAUGAUGCAGCCUACCUUGAAGUCUCUCGGCGGUGUUUCGGCCAUCGCGCAGACACUCGUGCAGAAUCUCCCCUCAUAUCCUACUCAGCAGGAAAUCAGAGGACUACUAUUUCUGUUCUUUGGGAUUACCUUUCAGGCGAAUCACCAGCUCAAUCCUGCCACAGACAAUGUGAAUGCUUACAACAACAUCAUCAACACAUUCGGCAUGGUCAACCGAGUAUUCACAAACCCUGCGACCAACCCCUAUAACUUAAAACCUCGAUACAGAUGCCUGGAAGACUAUGCAGUAUACUAUACACAUAUGACCAAUUCCAAUGGACAACAGGACUUUUCGUUGCCAUUGAUCGGAGAAUAUUUCGAUUCAGUCACAGAAUAUGGACUCACAAGACCACCACCCUACAAUGACAUCUGGCCGGGCCUCAUGUUUGUCAACAAUCAGCUCGACGGCACCUUCUCCUGGUAUAUGCCAAAUCCAGCCUCCCCUUCAAAGGGCACUUGCAAUUUCGAUGUUGCUCAGCAGCUUCUUGCAACCACCGCAUUUACAGACGCCAAAUAUUCGACGGAAGGUCUGCUACCGGGAGCGGCGCAGACCGCGGUGCAGGAUACGGCACGAGCUCUCUACGGGAUAACGGUGUGCCCCUCUCAUUUUGACGUACCUACUCUGCUCGACCUCGGUGCACCGACACCGAACGCGGGAACCUCGGAGGUCUACAAAUUCCAACGAUCGGCAGAUCUGGAAGACUUGCACGAACUCAUUCAUUUGGUCACAAAUGGUGUCGUCAUCGACCAGCCCCAAAUCGUACCCCCCGCCUCCAACCCGCCCUCCACGGACGACUACUUCACCAACCGAGACUGGCCCUCCUGGACCUUCAGCACCCUCUACCAAUCCUACGGCUACUUCUUCACCGCCUUCCUCGGCCUCACCCGGCCCGAGCAGGCCCGUCUCAACGCCGACAACUGGGCCAUCUUCGGCAUGUGCGUGUAUUUUCCGGAGCUGGAUUGCCUGGGCUCGUUCCAGGAUGAUAUCCGCACGAGGAGGUCGGUCCCCGGGGGUCUGUCGCCCAGAGCGGUGGAGAAGAUUCGGGAGGGCGGGUUCGAUCUUACGAGGGAUACGCCGAUGGAUCUGGACUUGGAACGGGGACCGGGGGGGAGGAGGAGAAGGGCGGAAGAUUUUGAUUUGGGGUUGGCGGAGAAGGGGGAGAGUCGCUUUAGAGAUGCGGAUGUGCCGUCGGCAAUUUUCGGUUAG